AUGUCUCGUCUUCAAAAAGCUAAGGAGACAAUUGAACGAGGCGCGGCACAAUAUCUUGAGAAAGUCGCGCAAGAUCCAAUGGAUAACAAAGCGUAUAUCGCAUUUGAGGACAUCCUGGAUGAAUAUUUAUCUAAUCCUACAUCUUAUAUUGAACAGGAACAGAUUGAAUUGUUAAAUUGUAUAAAAGAUGUCACAGUUCCUUUAAAAGAUGAAGAACAAAAGGCAGGAUUGCCGUUCUUGUCAUCAUAUGAAUCAACAUCACUUAUAGUUCAAGAAAUUGUUGAUGUCAUGGCUCAGCUUAAUGUUCGGGACAUUCAUGUGAUACUUUUUGAGAGAUUUAGCUUACUUGAUUGGAAAGAUUCAGAAAGUUUUGUAUCUGAAUUUAUCGGAUUGAUAAAGAUUCUCAGAAUAGCUGAAACCCUCCAAUAUAUUGUUAGAGCAUGGCAAACAUUAGAAAUUUUAAAAAACAAAAAUUUAGAUCUUGUCACUGAAUGUCUAAUCGGAUUCACAGAAUUUGCAGUGCAAAUAAUUAACCUUGAUAGCAAGGUUAGUAAUUAUUAG